AUGGCCACCAGUUGCAAAGACCUUCCAGAUGAGUGCUGGGAACUCAUAUUCAAACGACUCCACCACUCUCAUCUCGAAUCCCCAUCUCUCUCCUGCAAGCGAUUCCUCUCCAUCACCAACACCCUUCGAACCCACCUCAAAAUCCUCGAUCCAACCCUCAUCAUCCCUCUCUCCAAACGAUUCCCUCGCCUCGACUCCAUCGACCUCAGCUCCCUUCGCAACGGUCAACUCCUCCACGUCGUCAUCGACAUUGCUACCUCCGGAUUAAACCUCAAAACCCUAGACUUAUCGGAGAGCGACCGCCUCCCUUUGGAGAGUUUGAAGGUUCUGGGAUCCCGUAUGAAGAAUUUGAGAGUUUUGAUGUGUUCGUGUCUUCUCACAUUACGUGACAUGGACUUGGUUGUUAUAGCCGAUUCCAUGCCCUGUUUGGAGGAUCUUGAUAUCUCCGAACCUAUAAAUCGAUUUGAGGCGGCCGUGACGGAUAGCGGGAUCGAGGUGUUAUCGUCGAAACUGAAGGGUUUGAGAAAAAUCGACGUAUCUGGUAACCAUUAUAUCACCGAUAAGUCGCUUUUAGCUCUUUCCACGAAUUGCGUCUACCUGGCAGAAAUUUUUGUUCUCGAUUCUCUUGGUAUCUUUGAUUCGUCGGUUCCAGAUGAAUUUCUCCAAUUCAUUGUUAAAGCUGGUAUUCCUUUAAAGAGGCUCAGUCUUGCUCGGUCCCUACACCAGAGCUUCACUUUCUCUGGAAUUUCGUUGUUUCUCAACAAAUACCGGUCCCUGGAGCGGUUAUGUUUAGCUGGAACAGAUUUCCUCGCUGAUGAGAAUAUUAGUGAUUUAUCUCAAUGUCUCCCCGCUUUAGUCCUGAUAGACCUCGAUCUUUGCAAUAAUCUAACCGAGUCAACCCUUUUCACGCUUGCAAAGAAUUGUACUUUUCUAGAGGAUAUCAGUAUGGACGGAGCGGAUGUUGGAGGAGGAGGAGGAGACAGGGCUAGCGAUAAUGCGAAAAACCCACGAAUCAAGUCUUUGAACUUGGUAAAAAAUUUGAAUCUCACUAAUGAAUGUCUUGCAAAACUUGCUUCGGUAUGCCCCAGCUUAGAGGUGCUUGAUGUUUCUUCUUGUAAAGGUAUUACAGAUAAUGGGAUUGCUGAUUUCUUGAAGCGCGGAUCAAAGAUUAGGAAGUUGUGGAUCAAUAAAUGCAGGGCGAUUAAGAAUAUUGGAAAUGGUUUUGAACUCUCUGAGUUGGUGGUUCUUGGUGCAGCUAGAUCAGGGAUUAAUGAUGAUGGGCUGGUGGUUAUAGGGAAUACAUGUCGUGGGCUACUGAAUUUGAACUUGGACGGUUGCUUAGGAGUGACAACAGUAGGGUUGAAAGAAAUAUUGACAAAUUGCGAAAGAUUGAGAGAGAUAAAUUUGACUGGUUGUCUUAAUGUGAGUACGGAGACAGCUGAUUGGUUGGUGUCUUCAAGGCCAUCACUGCGGAAAAUUAUCCUUCCACAUUCUUCUUUGUCUUCUGGAAGCCAGAGGGAGCUUUUGUUGCGCCAUGGAUGUCUUGUUUUGUCAGAAUAA